AUGUUUCCCUCUAUCACCACCCGCCUCACCACGUCUGCCUCCCAAGCAGCUCGCAGGUACAUCUCCACCACCACGCCCAAGAGCAACACCCUCGCCCACGGCGCUCAAGCUGGCGCCAAGAACACAAGCUGGAAAUGGAGCAACCUUUCACCACAGAACCGGCGAUACGCCAUUGCAGGCAUCGCGGCUGUUGGCUCUGUUGAUGUCUACCUGCAUUACACAUACUGGCCUUAUAUUCGAACCUGGUUCACUGGCGAGGAAGUCGUGGAGAACUAA